CUUUAUGUAAAUCCUUGCACUUUUACGCACGUGUUGCAGGAGGAGCUCUGGCCGGAUUUCACUGCACUUGCCCGGGAGCAGGUGACCAAACAAAUCCUCCAUCCACCAUCCACACCGGCUCCCCUGUCCCCGCAUACCUCCACUCUCCUCCGGGACUCUCACCAUGUCUUCUCCCGGCGCCGCCUCCUCCAACCCGCUCACAUCUUUGGCGCCGAAACGAAAGACGAAAAAGAAACACUUCGUCCAACAAAAAGUGGAAGUUUUCCGAGCUAGCGAUCCCGUUUUGAGUGUACUAAUGUGGGGUGUCAAUCAUUCGAUGACCGAUUUGUGCCAUGUCCCUUCACCUGUGAUGCUGCUUCCAGACGAUUUCAAAGCGAAUACGAAGAUAAAAGUCACCAACCACUUUUUCAACAAAGAAAACCUCCCAGGACAGUUCAAGUUUAAAGAAUACUGCCCCCAGGUGUUCAGGAAUCUGCGCGAGCACUUUGGCAUCGAGGACCAGGAUUUCCAGGUGUCUCUAGCCCGCAGCGCUCCUCACAAAGUGGAGGAGGGUCAGGGUGGAGGUUUGCUGCUCACCUCGUUUGACCGCACGCUGGUGGUCAAAGAAAUCUCCAGUGAAGAGGUGGAGGAGGUGCACAAUAUUCUGUCCGAGUACCACCAGCAUGUGGUCCUGUUCCAUGGCUCCACGCUGCUGCCUCAGUUCCUCUCCAUGUACCGAGUGUCCGUGGAGAACGAGGACACGUACCUGCUCGUCAUGAGGAACAUGUUCAGCCACAGACUCACCGUGCACCGCAAGUACGACCUUAAGGGCUCUUUGGUGUCUCGGGAGGCCAGCUUUAAAGAAAAGGUGAAAGAGCUGCCCACUUUUAAAGACACAGACUUUAAGAAUAACCUACAGAAAAUCUACAUGGAUGAAGACGAGAAGGAGAAACUCAUGGAGAAACUCAACAGGGACAUCGAGUUCUUGGUGCGUUUGAGGAUCAUGGACUACAGUCUGCUGCUGGGGAUCCAUGACGCUGAGCGAGCGGAGAGAGAUGAAACGGAGGAGGAGGAGGAGAGUGAGGAAGAGGAAGAGGAGGAAGAGAGCGCUCCGGUCCAGUACUCCAGCUCUCCGGAGGGAAUCGCAGGAUACAUGAACUCAUUCAAACCUCUGGGGCCCGGAGAGUUUGACCCUUAUGUGGACGUGUACGCCAUUCAGAGCGCUGUGGAUGCUCCUCAGAGGGAGGUGUACUUCAUGGGUCUGAUCGAUGUUCUGACUCAGUACGACACAAAGAAGAAGGCCGCUCACGCCGCCAAGGCCGUCAAACACGGGGCAGCAGCUGAGAUCUCCACUGUGAAUCCAGAGCAGUACGCCAAACGAUUCAAAGACUUCAUCACAACCAUCUUUGCCUGAGGAUCAAACUACAGACCUCCAUCACCAGUGCCUGAAGCCAAAAGUGACAUUUUAAUCAACAAAUGACUGCAAGAUUGAAGUGAAUGUGACACUUACUUUUAAGUUACAGGAAUCAGACUGCAGAGCUGAAGUUUAGGUGAAUAUCUUGCCCAUACAUUGUAUUCAAACCAACAAAAAUUGUAUCUUUUCUCUAAAUUACAGUUUAAAAUGUAUUUUUUAGAAAGUGUGCAACUUAAAUGAAUUAUAACUGUUUUAUUGUUUUACAUAAUGAGAGUACUACUUCUAACCCAGUAACCUUGUGUGAUGGUGUGAUAAGGCCUGGACCAACAGUGGGCCAGAGAUUGGACCAAUCAUAGAGCAGCAUAGUGGUUUGGGUGAAGCUAAAGGUGAAGUGCCCAAAUAAACAAACAAACAAUAGCAGUGCUGACAGACGUACUUCAGUCUGUUUUAGCAGAAACUCUAACUCAAACAUCGUGAAAAAUGUGCAGACGGAAGCUCUCUGCAUUUGUGAACCCGUGCUUUUCUCUCACCUGGAUUCAACCAGUUUGAUUUUUUUUGGCCUAUUCUACUGAUGUGACACUUGGACCAAUCAGAUUCAGAAUGAGCCAGAACCCAUGGGCAAUACUCUAUAAAAUGAUUAUCUCUAUGACGCCUUAAUUUAUGAUAUUAUUUAUUUAUUGCCAAAUCAUAUUUAAGUGCAUCU